AUGACCAGCCUGGCGCCGUCUCUCCUCCCGCGACCGUCAGCGCACUCGUCGGCCUCUACAAAUACGAACCCUAAUACGCCGUUCACUCCCCUGGACGACGACGCGGAGAGCAUGAACCCCGUGGCUGGCGGCGUCAAGCUCGUGCGGGUGCGGCAGGACGAGCCGCUCACUAAGGGCGUGCUGAGGGUCUUGACACAUAAUCAUGAUGCGGGGCUAGAAGAGUCGCGUUGCGACUGCUGGAGCGCGGUCGAGUAUGCGUUCAAGAACUCGCCUAGUGAUCAGCAGGGUUCGCGCAGCUUUCUCCGCGGGACAUUCGAGUAUAUGUGCAUCCGUACAUAUCAGUGCCUGCUACUCAGAGCCGACCCCGCUCACCGCAUACCGUGGGCCUACUGCUCAGUACGAUACGAUGGCAUGUAUGUACACACUAUCACCAUGCACUGCAAAAGCCAUGACACUACUUUGAAAGAAGCAACGGACAUCAUACCCCGCAACUGA